UUCCUCAGGCUCUUCUCCAAAGACUUGCAAUUCCUCGCUUGCAGGAAGGGGCAGAAGGGUCCCCUCCCCCGCCCCCCUCUUCUCUCCUGCCCCAACUGCCCCCUUCUGCCCUCCCCCUCGGGCACAGGUGGUAUUGGUGAUAAGCGUCUGAAUUUUUCUUGCUGCGUUAUGUUAUCUUUUGGUUUAAGAAGUUGUUUCAGAAGAAAUACCUGAAUUUCAUUUUUAAAGGAGGGUCUAGGCUUACCAGGGGGCCGGCGUGUGUUCAGCUCCCUUGUAUUAGGCUGCACUGGUCAGGCGGGAGAAGCGUCCACAGUGAGCUGGUUUCUGGUGCUGAGGCUCCUCCUGGUGCUUUUUCUGGGCCCUCCUGUUGUGGUUACACUCAGUCCGUCACAAGUGACUGGGGGGGGGGGUUCACCGUAUUUCCUCCUGGCUUUUGCAUUUGGGCAUUAAAAGUCUCUUGAAGGAGGGAUUUGGCCUUUAGUGCCCCCUGCUCCCCACAGGGCCCGGCAGUGCACUGUCGCAUCGUCACCCAGUAGAUAGGAUGAAAAGCGGUCCCUGAAGGACCAGCAUCCCCACUUUGCAGACCGGGAGACUGAGUCAGAAGAGGGAGAAGACGGGCCUCGAGCUGGCUGCUGACAGGCCUGGAAUACGGAUGUUCGUUUCUGUCAAGCAGUGGCCUCAAGGGCUCCCUCUCCUCGGGCACCACGGGUGCGAGAGAGGCCUGAUGGCUCAGAUGGUGAAACCUCGCUUAGCCGACGACCAGCUCCCGGGGCCUCUCGACUUUCUGGUUCGAGUUUGAGGGGAGGGGCUGCCACCGUCCCUGCAGAGAGGCCGGAGGUUCCAGCCGCGGGCGAGGGGGGGAGGUCAGGGCGGAGGGCCGCUGGUCCCGUCGCGCAGAGAAGGCUUGGAGCCUGGAGGAGCCGCAGGGAGGGCAGGAGGGCCCUCGGCUCGUGGCGGCCGCACGUCCGCAGGACGGGGGCGGGCAGGGGAGGGCGAGGCGGGGACCAGCCCCCGCCGAGGCGCCAGCGCCCUCAGCCGGGCCAGGCCCCCCCAUGGCCGCGAAGCAGGCUGCCGGGAGGAGCCCCGGGGAGAAGCGCAAGCGCGUGGUGCUGACCCUGAAGGAGAAGAUGGACGUCUGCCGGCGCCUGGAGAAGGGCGAGAGCCGCAGGGCGCUCAUGCAGGAGUACAACGUGGGCAUGUCCACGCUCUACGACAUCCGCGCCCACAAGGCCCAGCUGCUGCGCUUCUUCGCCAGCUCCGACUCGGACAAGGCGCUGGCGCAGCGGCGCACGCUGCACACGCCCAAGCUCGAGCACCUGGACCGCGUGCUCUAUGAGUGGUUCCUGGUGAAGCGCGCCGAGGGCGUGCCCGUCUCGGGCCCCAUGCUCAUCGAGAAGGCCAAGGACUUCUACGAGCAGAUGCAGCUCACCGAGCCCUGUGUGUUUUCUGGCGGGUGGCUCUGGCGGUUUAAGGCCAGACACGGCAUCAAGAAGCUGGACGCGUCCACCGAGAAGCAGGCGGCCGACCACCAGGCAGCCGAGCAGUUCUGCGGGUUCUUCCGCAGCCUCGCCGCCGAGCACGGCCUGUCCCCGGAGCAGGUCUACAGCGCCGACGAGGCCGGCCUCUUCUGGCGCUGCCUGCCGGGGCCGGGCGCGGAGGGCGGCGCGGGGCCCGGCCUCAGGCAGGGCAAGGACAGGCUGACGGUCCUCCUGUGCGCCAACGCCACGGGCUCCCACCGGAUCAAGCCCUUGGUGGUGGGGAAGCGCGGCGGCCCCCGGGCUGCCAAGGGCAUCCAGCCCCUGCCGGCCGCGUACCGGGCGCAGGGCAACGCCUGGGUGGACAAGGAGAUCUUCUCCGACUGGUUCCGCCACAUCUUCGUUCCCGCCGUGAAGGAGCGCUUCCGAGCCCUGGCUCUGCCCGAGGGCAGCAAAGCCAUCCUCCUGCUGGACAGCUCCCGGGCCCACCCGCGCGAGUCCGAGCUGGUCUCCGAGAACGUGUUCACUGUCCUGCUGCCCGCCAGCGUCGCCCCCCUCCUCCAGCCGCUGGACCAGGGCAUUCGGAGGGACUUCAUGAAAAACUUCGUCAACCCGCCUGGCCCGCUGCAGGCCUUCCACUCGCGCUACAGCGUGACCGACGCGGUGCUCAGCGUGGCCUGUGCCUGGAACGCCGUGCCGGGCGCCGUCUUCAGCCGGGCCUGGAGGAAGCUGUGGCCCGAGGCCUCGCUCGUUGAAGGCUCGUCCUCAGAGGAGGAGCCCGACCGCCUCAGCACGAAGCCUCCCGAGGAGCCCUUGGCGCGCCUCCCCGGGCCUGGGGGAGGCGCCGCCUCCUACCCCGCUGGCGGCCUGCCCGGGAGCACGGGGCCCGCGGAGGAGGGUGACGAGGCGGCCUGGGAGCAGGCGGCCACGGCCUUCGACGCCGUGGUCCGCUUUGCCGAGGGGCAGCCCUGCUUCACGGCGCAGGAGGUGGGGCAGCUGCGCGCGCUACGCUCCGUGUUCGUCAGGCAGCGGCAGGUGCAGCGGCAGCGCGGGGCCCUGGCGGCCGCUGUUAAGCUCGAGGCGCCCCCAGAGCACUGCCCGUUGCCUGGCUCGUCCACGGCGGGCGAGGACUGAGCCCCCUGGGCCCGACCUGCUGUCUCGGGGCCACGUUGCUCAGUCCGGCCGGUCCCGUGGAGGCUUUGCCGUGUUGCCUGUCCUGCCGCGUGGGUGCGAGGAGGUCUUCCUGAGGGGCCCGCCCAGACCGGCCGGGCACCAGAGCCACCAGGGGCCGAACCCAGGCCUCGUGUUCGCCGGCCGAGCCUUGCCGUGUCCAGGGGAGAUGUCCGUUUGUCCAGGCGGGAGAAGCCACCUUCAGCUGACCUGCCGCCACCGGUCGGGACUGCCACCUCCCGAGGCCCAGUGCUGCCCCCCACCCCGCGCCCUCGCUCUGCUGGUCUGGGGCCGGCCCUGGUUCUCGCAGGUCCCCAGGGCAGAACUCAGUCAGGAACGAGAGUCCGCGCUGCCCUGCCGCGGCUUUACAAGCCGCGUGUCCCCGUCUCGGUCAUGACCCCACUGACAGCACGAGUCUGCGAGGCCCUCCACGUCGCAAGCAGACCCCAUUCCUCGGGCUCGAACCCAUGAGCUGCGUGCCGACUCCGCCUCACGGUGGAAUUGACCCCUUAAAGCCAGCGGGAGCAUGCUACCUGGGUGCCUGUCACCCGUGUGGGACCACAGGGCACUGCCAGGGUUUUUAGCGUCUUGACCCUGAGUCCAGCGUACGGUCUGCUGUCCCUUGUCCCCCAGAUUUUCGCAUCUCCAGCCUCUGCGGUAAUAAACCUGGACCAGCCCUUCAGAAGCGAGUCUUGGCUUAUGUAACGAAACAGCGAACCAGCUGCUCGGGGGUCUGGCAGUGCUGAGCUUGUCUUUUCAGCCCAGAGCUGCGUGUGGGGAAGCCUGGCCAUGCCAGCCAGUGCAGGCGGACGGCUACUUUUCCUGCGGGCUCCUGGCCUCUCGCUGCCGCCGGGGCCCUGGCACAGAGCCGCGGUGGUCGCCUUCUUCGAAUGCCCGUGAAAUGAGUGGGUUUUUCUGUGUUCUUUUCACUGCUUUGCCUUGAAUUCCGUCCCCUUCUUGAAGUCGUGUCACGGCAGCUGAAUCAGCACAGUUUGCAUUCCUGUUUGCUGUUGUCCCCAGAGCCCCCUGUUCCCCUGAGAGCCGGGGGGCGGCAAGGGCUUGGGUCACCAUGGGUUGCUUGGCAAUCUUACAUCUUUCCGGGCACUGUAGGGACGGCCGUGGCCACGGUGGCUCCACGCCGUGGGCUGGUGUGUUUUUCUGCUUUAAGCGCGUGGGAAGAUGUGAAACCAACACAGGUCGUCUCC